AAAAGAAUGUUUCAGUUGGGUAGGGGUGGGGAGACUGUCAUGGAAUACUACUCAGAUGGGUUGGUUUAUGAGUAUUCUGGAGUCUAUUGCCCUAAUUUUAGGUAGUCUGCAUAGUUGUUGAAAGGAUUUUCCCAUUGAAUGCUGUCAUACAGAUAGGUAUUUAUGCAUAUUUGUUUUUGUUUUUGGUAGAAAAUGAUGCAUCCUGUUGCCGGCAGUAAUCCAGUAUUCUGUGGGCCUGGCAAGCCUUCCUGCCUCAGUGAAGAUGCCAUGAGAGCUGCUGACCAGUUCGAUAUAUACUCCUCCCAACAAAGCAAAUACGGCCACACAGUCGGCCACAAACCAAUGGUUUGUCAAAGGCAAGACCCGUUAAACGAAACACACUUGCAGCCUACCAGUGGCAGAAACAUAGAGAUAAAAGAUGAACUAAAGAAAAAGAAAAACCUCAAUCGAUCUGGUAAGCGCGGCCGGCCUUCGGGAACCACCAAGUCAGCAGGAUACCGGACCAGCACAGGCAGACCCCUGGGAACUACCAAAGCAGCUGGAUUUAAGACAAGUCCAGGCAGACCUUUGGGUACAACUAAAGCUGCAGGGUACAAGGUCAGCCCAGGGAGACCUCCAGGUAGCAUUAAAGCUCUGUCCCGGCUUGCAGAUCUUGGCUAUGGCUGUGGUACUGCUGCCUUUCCUUACCCUAUGAUGCAUAGCAGGGCGGUUCACGGGGUUCAGGAACCCGGCGGCGAAGUCAAGCCACCCAGUGAAUGAGCCAGGCAGGACAGCACCUGUUAGGAGCAGACUGAGGCAUCCCAAACAAAGCUGCUUGGUUUAAUUUGACUUUGCCACCUGGACUUCCCAGUUUUGUUCUUCUGUUUGAUCUCCCUCAUUCCCACUUCUUUUUCUUUCUUUUUUGCUCAGAAGUCACCACAUGUUGACAGAUACACUUUGAGCAGGAGUAGUGCAUGGUUUCUAUAUGUACAAGGCUCAGACAACACUCAGCUAAGUCAUUUUUGCUUUCCCUUUGGGCUGUUCUUAGUGGACACUUCACAGGCUGAUCAGUUGCCUCAGUUGACUUUCCGUUACGAGCAAACCAGUGUGUAAGGUUUACCUGAGGCAUUGUAACUGAUGGGGCAGAACAGCAACUAGUCAACAGACCAAAGGGCGUGGCUGUGUGAGUUAGAACUUCAUGAAACAAGACAGCUGUUUGGAGACUUUGAAAUUUAAAACAGCUUCUUAUUUAUUGAUUCACAUGACAUUAGUUGACCAUUGUUCCUAAUGCAUUGUUUAGUACUUGCUUUGCAGAGAUUAUAGUUACAGGUUAUAUGUUUUUCAGUUGCUUAAGAGCACAUACACCAGACACUGCAAACAAUUCAGACUUACAGCAAAACCCUUAAAUACUUCCUAAACCUGCACAUUAUAUUAAUAUUCAAGAAAAAGAAACCUUAAGGUCUGCAUGUAACUAUAGUCCUCCUAUUUUGUCUUUUAUAUAUUUAGUGAAUUUCAAAGUAUUAUAUUUAAAACAUUUAUUUCUAUUGCUCAUUUAUUUAGAAUGGCUUUUUAGUUUUUUUGAGUAAUUGUUAUUAUAUUGCAUUAGUACUUAACUGCAUUUUCAGGUUUAUAUCUACCAAAGGACACAAAUUAAGUGGUAGACUGCAAACUGGUCUAAGAAAGCAGUUUCCUGGCUGUCAAGACCCAAAUACCAAGAACUGUAAGAACUCAGUAUGUGUGAACCUGUAAAAGGAGUGCUGGUUAGUUUAUAAUGGCAUUGUGGCUCCAGGAAGACCACUUUUCUAAAAGAAAUCUGUUCUCCCGAGUGAGGCUUGCUUUAAAAGCAGUACAGAAAACAGAAAAGUAUUGGGCUCAUAGGUAUAGUUACAGAGGGAAAUCUUCAUUUCUGAAAUAUUUCUUGUUGAUAUACAUUUUAUUUAUUCUGAGUUUAUUCUAAAUAAAGUUUUAUGAACUUUAGAAUUGAAAAGCUUCACUGGGCAGUGGUGGCGCACACCUUUAAUCCCAGUACUCAGGAGGCAGAGGCAGAUGGAUCUCUGAGUUUGAGAGGUAUACAUAGUGAUUUCCAAGACGGCUAAAUAGAAACCCUCUCUUCACAAAACAGAACAAAAAAGAAAGAAAAGCUUUCAAAAAUUAUGUUUUUUACUUGCAUUUUAAAAUGCCUUUGAUAUUAAAAUGUAGAUUUACAGGACUCAAAAAACGUUGAAAAUAAUCAUUAAUUUAAAAGGACACAUACCUGAUGGUUAGGCUUGCUCUCAGUCCAUGCAGAUUGACUGCACGUAAAUGCCAUGUUUUAGACCUUUAUCAGGAGACAAGCAGCAAACCUUAGGUGCCCCAGGAUAGCUGACACAGUAGCUGGGCGUCUGCUCCGACAGUUAAGAGGUGUUGCAUUGCAUGCAUGUGAGGACAGGAACCUCAACAGUACUAGCUUUGCACAAAGCAUAGGGAACAGCGGACAGUGCUGGGUGAUUACACAGCCAGCUGUAUCAUUCAGGCAGCUAAAGUGCUUCAAGAGUUUCUUCUUGCAGAAGCUUAGAAUAUAAAACCUUUAAUAAUUUACUCAGAACAGUAUAACUUCUGACACACACAAAUGCUUGCAUCUUCAUUCAUAUGUUUGUCUGGUCACUUGAGUAUCUGUCACUUAGCUAUUUCUGAAGAUAUUCAGCAGUUGGCUGCUUAGAAAUCCUUGCACGGCUAGUCCCUGAAGACAGUUGAGCUAUUCUACUAUAGAGUAAUGCGCUCCACUGUCUAGGAUUUGGGUGCAUGUUGUGUUUCAUAGUAAGUCCACUUAACAGCCUUCCAGUUUGAUUUCAUUCCUGGUUUUGUACCCUUCCGUUUCUUCCUUGCCCUUCCCAUACCCAUCUCCUUUCUCCAGCACAUCUACUCAGUGGUGCUGUGCUGUGUGUCAGAAGACAGAGUGGGUGGAUUAUUGUAUAAUGAGUUUUGUAUACAUGUUCAUGAAAUGGGGCAUCAGUUUAAGGAGAGAUGUUCAUACCAGUGUUGUUAUCGGGAGCUCUGUCUAUCCCAGGAAAGGGGAUGAGUGGCUACACUUGUGAGUGGCGUCAGUUAGGAAACUGAAUGUACUGUUCCUGUGAGCAGUUAGCUGGAACAGUAAAUGUGUGCUCUGGUGAACAUCUGGGUCUGCUUGCUCCUCUCCUUGUGGACAGUUCAGUAGGCCCCACGGGAGAGACACAGAAGUGAUGACAUGAAGUCCUCACAUAGAAGCUAUUUUUAUUUCUACCUGAUCUAAAGACUGCAUUCUGCAUCUUUUGUAACAUGGUCUUUUGUCACGACAGACACUGAAAUAGCAUGUUAAUCAGUUGCCUAGAUGUCAGUGUAUUCAGUUGGGGAAAACUGCCCCCCCCACUGUAUAAUUGUUCCUUGAAAGGUAAAUUGCUAAUUUUAUACUGCGUGAUUCUAUUCUUCAUAAAAUAGGUUUCACUAUUCUAUAUUAAAACUGUUUGUCAGAAAAUGAUCUAUUCCAGUAAGUUGGUUUUACUUUUUUCUGAAAAGGAUAUUAUAACAUGCCUUAUUUAUUAUUGUUAUAACAAAUAAGGAGUCAAUCAAUACAGAUGAAAUUCUCAUUUUCCACAGGUAUCACCUUGCUUAACUAAUCUUUAAUAGGGGUGAUUUUGAUACUAUCUUAGGAGUUUUGCACUGGAUAUAAAAAAAUAUUGGCACAAUAUAUUGAAAAAUUAAAUAGUAGUUGGUUUAAUUUUUAAUAUUUGGGAACUUUUUUAAAAAUCAGUGUUUAAAUCAAACUAAUGGUUCUUUGUAUUUUUAAUUUACUUUUUAAAAAGAAACAUCAGUCAACAUGUAUUUAUUGAUUCCAAACUGCUGUUUGUGUGAAUUUACAUAUAUAUUUUCAUGAAAUAAGAAUACUGAAUUUCUUUGAGGUAAAAUCUGGAUCCAUUUAAUAUGAGGUUAAGGGCGCUUCAUCCAGUGUAAGAAUGACCAUAGUGAAUUUAGACAGUGAAAUUCUUUAUACUUUAAAAAGCUUUGAAAGAACAGUUCAGGGGUGUUGAUAAUAAUUCUCUCCGUUCCUUAGCUAUAUGCUGUAAGCUUUUAUGAUCCGUUACAGUAAAUUAAUAAUUCAGAACAGUCUUGGGCAUAAAAAGUUUUGAUGCUCUUUUGUUCUGUCUAUUAUAAUGUCAUUGGCUUCGUUCAAACUCUAAGAUGUAUCUGAAUCUUUGCUCUUCUCCCUUUUCCUUCCAAGUAGACAGAUCUAUGCUCUCACAUACAGUGUAUUUAAGUUUUUGAGAAUUAAUGCUGUAGCAAGUCAGUUGUGUGAUUUAAUCAGGCUACUCUGAUUCUUUGAUUCACAGUUUCCUUUUUCCACAGACAAUUAUGAAGCAAAUAAUAACCGUUUAAAUAAGCACGUUGUCCUCUGCUGUAAAAAGUCUGAAUAGAUACUGUGUAUGUUUUAAUGUCCAUGAACUUGAACUACUCAUGUGCAAUUAUGUGUAUGGGAAUGGAGUAGUGUUCAUGAUUUGUAUCUACAUCAUCAUAUGGAUGUAUAUUUAUUAAUAAAGUCAUCACUUUAAGACCA